ACCUACAAGAUGAUUCCCUGUGGCGCCAUGCUGACCUUUGUCCGAUGCCUGAUUCGGAGGAAAGUGGUCAACUUGGACAGCGUGGAAGAUUCCAAACUGUGCCGCUGCCUGACCACGGUGGACCUGAUCGCUCUCGGGGUGGGGAGCACCCUGGGAGCGGGGGUCUACGUUCUGGCCGGGGAGGUGGCCAAGUCCAGCUCGGGGCCCAGCAUCGUCUUGUCCUUCCUGAUCGCGGCUCUGGCCUCGGUGAUGGCCGGGCUGUGCUACGCAGAGUUCGGGGCCCGGGUCCCCAAGACGGGCUCUGCCUACUUGUACACUUACGUGACUGUGGGCGAGCUGUGGGCCUUCAUCACGGGCUGGAACCUGCUCUUGUCUUACGUCAUAGGAACCUCCAGCGUGGCCAAGGCGUGGAGCAGCACCUUUGACGAGCUGCUCAACAAGCGGAUCGGACAUUUCUUCCAGGAGCACCUCAGCAUGAAUUCCCCGGGGCUCGCAGAGUACCCCGACUUCUUCGCCGUGUGUCUCGUCCUCCUCCUGUCGGGCCUCUUAUCGUUUGGAGUCAAAGAGUCAGCCUGGGUGAAUAAAAUCUUCACCAUGGUGAACAUCCUGGUUAUUAUCUUCGUGAUCAUUGCGGGGUUUGUGAAGGGCAACAUUGAGAACUGGAGGAUCAGCGAGGACUUCCUCAGAAAUCUCUCCAUCAGCAACAGAGAGCCGCUCAUCAACAACGAGACCACCGUCUACGGAGUGGGCGGCUUCCUGCCCUUCGGCAUCUCGGGGACCCUCGCCGGAGCCGCCACUUGCUUCUACGCCUUCGUGGGCUUCGACUGCAUCGCGACCACCGGGGAGGAGGUCCAGAACCCCCAGCGGGCCAUCCCCAUCGGCAUCGUCACGUCCCUGCUCGUGUGCUUCAUGGCCUACUUCGGCGUCUCGGCCGCCCUGACGCUCAUGAUGCCCUACUACCUGCUGGACCAGAGCAGCCCCCUCCCCGUAGCCUUCGACUACGUCGGCUGGGGGCCCGCCAAGUACGUGGUGGCCGUGGGCUCGCUCUGUGCUCUGUCCACAAGUCUCCUUGGAUCGAUUUUCCCAAUGCCACGGGUAAUCUAUGCUAUGGCGGAAGACGGUUUGCUUUUCCAUUGGUUAGCUAAAGUCAAUUCCAAAACGAAGACCCCACUCAUUGCUACUUUGUUGGCUGGUGCCAUGGCAGCGGUCAUGGCAUUCCUCUUUGAUUUGAAGGCUCUGGUGGACAUGAUGUCUAUUGGGACCCUCCUGGCCUAUUCUCUCGUAGCAGCUUGUGUCCUUAUCCUCAGGUACCAGCCCAGCAUGACUCACCAGAAGACGAAAUGCUCCCCAGAGAAGGAAGCCUUGACCUCUGGUUCAGCCACAGACACGAAAGGCAACAGCAGCCAGCAGGUCCUCUUCAAGCCCUCGGCAUUGCCCACACAGCGAUCAUCUUCUCUUGUCAACUUUUUGGUGGUACUGCUGGCAUUGCUGAUUCUCGGCUUCAGCAUCCUGAUGACCUACGGCCUUAACGCCAUCUCUGCCAAGGAAACAUGGAGCCUCGCCCUCCUCGCUGUGCUCGUCUUCUUCUUCAUCAGCUUCAUCUUUAUCAUCUGGAGGCAACCUCAGAAUAAGCAGAAAGUGGCCUUCAUGGUUCCCCUGCUGCCAUUUUUGCCUGCAUUCAGCAUCCUGGUGAAUGUUUACCUCAUGAUGCAGUUGAAUGCCCAAACGUGGAUCCGAUUCAGCAUCUGGAUGGCUGUAGGUUUCCUGAUUUACUUUUCUUAUGGCAUUAGACACAGUUUAGAAGGUAGCCGUAAGGAAGAUGAAGGCAUGUGUUCAGAGAACAUGAUUGAGAAAGCAGAAGAAAAAAGUCCUCUUGAGGCCAGCAGCCUGACAUAGGGCAGGCCCAUCAUCCAUCCUUCCCCUGGACCGGUCAAGCCAAUGCUGAUGCUGCCUAUGAGCGCUCCACUGGGAAACACAGCUCCAGUGCAAUGCUCCGUCUGUCUUUUGUUGGAAACCAGGACAGGAUGUUUUUGCCAGUUUCCACCAUCGUUGUCCUCAGUUUGCUGCUUUUCCCAGAUAUCCCUUCCCUGAUGUUUGUGUCUCUGGGCUGAGCCCAGACAAGAGUAAUGCUGUCUGGGGACCACCCACUUCCUUUAGGAUUCUUACCUCUAAGGAUGAGCCCAAAAAUAAAUGGGGGAAGGGAGACCAGAGUUGCACCUUGCACCUUUUGGUACAUGGAAAUUCUUGCUGUUGUUGUUUUGUAUAAUCCUGUUAGGAUAUUGUCAGUGUUAGCCUUUACUGAGCAGCCCUCCCAGAAAUUGAAGGCUGAGUAGCAGGAGACCGUGUGUGUACCUGUCCAGGUAUGUUCUUCUUGCAUAGUCCCACUGUGCCUCUGAUGAUCUCUUUGGCCUUGUUCCUUUAGCUGACAAACUAUUGGUAUUCCCAUCCAUCCCUUCUAGUUCACAUGGAAAGAGGGCUUUAGGGGAGCAGUAGAACAGGGACAAAGAAAGCGUCCUCUGUAGUUUUUUUUUAUAAAUGUCAAUAGUGGAUCCCUUAAGAUGACCCUUCCCCCAGUAAAGAAAUGUUUCUAAUAAAAUACUAAAUAUGAGCAUUUGCUUCAGACUUGUCAUACACUGUAGAUAUAACAUUCCACAGCAUUUAUUAAUUAGAUAAUUCAACAACCAUUUUUAAGUACCUACUACUGUUAUGGUGGGAAGAACACUGGAUUUGGUGUCUAAGGACCUGCCUUCCAGUUCUGGUUCUGCUGCUUCUUAGCUGUAAGACCUUAGACAAGUCCUUUGCUAUCUCUGGGCUCCUUCCAUAAGCUGAGGGGGUUGGACUCAGUAGCUGAGGAAUCUCCCAGCUCUACUCAGCAGUCAGUCAUAUCAUCAGUGUCCCAUCCCUGCCAGAGUAGAGAGAGUAAAAUGGUGGGGAGGAUCUUGAGCACACAGAUUCAUGAGAACUUCAAACACAUCCAUCAGCCGGCCUAUCUUGGGGUCCUGAAUGUCACAUUUAGAAUUGGAGGGAGCGCAGUGCUGAGUCUCAGACACCUGUUGGGGGUGGGCUGACCCCUAGAGUGUCCAAAGAACAUUCAGGACUCUUCAUUUCUACCUUCUUGGAAUAACAAUGAGGACAAAACAAAAUGAGUCACAGGAAAAGGCACAGCUGCUCCUGAACUGUUCUGCUCUCCUUAGCUGAAAGCAGUUAAGUCCAGUUGGAGGGUGCAUCUUGCCCUGUUUCUUUUGGAAACAUUUUGAGGUAUAUUUCUUUUCUCUUCUCUCCCAUUUUUUAUUAAGUAUUUCCAUCUGUUUGGCUUUGUAAAUCAGGGAGUUGUUUUAAAUACCUACAUGUCAAUACUGGUAACAGCAACACUUCCUGUCUCCUACCAGGAUAAGGGCACACACAGAUGAUGGGGGAGCGGUGCCUGCUUUAGGGGUUCGGUGAUCUUCAAAUGUGAGCCAAAAUGAAAUAAAAAUGAGAGAGUCAGGCCCCAAAUUAGCCACACCUAGUAUCCAGACCCAUUUCAAAGAGGGGUUUGUAGGCAGGAAUUGGGGCUCAGUUUCUGCAGUGUGGGGACAUUACUACUCACCAAGUUGAUUCCUCUCUUGAUGGAAGAAGAGAUGUGCUUCUAGAGUCUUCACAUUUAGAAUUGGAGGGAGCGCAGUGCUGAGUCUCAGACACCUGUUGGGGGUGGGCUGACCCCUAGAGUGUCCAAAGAACAUUCAGGACUCUUAUUGGCCCAGGGAAAAUGGCUCAGGAAAAGGAAGGCAACUUUAGCUUGCUGUUCCCAUUCUGAGAAGUCCCAUCUUGUUUCUUGAUUCCUUAAUUGGCCGGUGGAGAGGUAGGGGAAGCCAUGAGCUUCUGUUGUUGAGUCACAGGCUACUAAUCUAUUUGGAAGGAUGAGAACCCUGACUCGAAUUUUAAACCCUAAUUUAGGAUCAUAAGACUCAAACACUCAAGCUUAUUGGGACCUUGGAGACCACCUAGUCCAAUUUUAUUUCACAAAGGAGGAAACUGAGGCCCCAAGAGGCAGAGGGUUUUGAGGCAGCUAGUGGAGAAUUCUUUUAAAGGAACUUCCCUAUGGAAGAAAAGGAACUGAGACUUAAGGCCUUCUCCCCCAACCUCCUCUUAAGAAUUGUAGGAAUGGGUUUAGCUAGCAGUAGACACCUCAAGCCAAGCCACUAGAGCCUUUUAAAAAUAGGUUUUCUAAUGAGGAAUUGGAUCGUUAUCAGCAAACACAAACAUUUCCAAUGUGCUGAGGACAGAAAAGGGGGUUUCAUGGGAAACUGAGAAUCUCCUACGUGGUUUUUGUUUUGUUCUUUAAGUCUAUAUCAUGUGUAACCAGAUAGAAUGAACACUGUCCUUCUC